UGCUGGAAGAGGUACAGCAAAUACCCUCUUUCUGCGACUUUGGGAAGAAAAGACCAUGGGUUCUGAAUCAAAGCAAAGUUUCAUAGGAAGCUUUCUGCAGCCUCCAGAUAGAAUGUUUGUUCCUACCUUUGGUCAGAGCAAGUCAAAGAAGGUAACAGCUACCACUGGUGACAUGCUUCCUGCCCCAAACAACCAAGCUCUGAUGUCAGCCCUCAAAACUCUUCAAGAAAAGAUCCGUCGUCUAGAGUUGGAGAGGUCGCAGGCUGAAGAUAACCUGAGCUGCCUUUCCAUUGAGGCUGCCCAGUAUAAAAAGACCUUGCAGCAUGAAACAAAUGCGAAAGAUCUAGCACAUGAGGAAUUGAUACAACAGAAAAAAGAUGUUAGUGUGCAGUUAAGUGCAGCACAGUCCCACUGCUCCCUACUGGAGAAACAGCUGGAUUACAUGAGGAAAAUGGUUUUCAAUGCAGAGCUAGAAAAGAAUAUGGUUCUAGAGCAACAGACUCAGCUUCAAAAGGAAAAAGAUCAGAAUCAUAUGGAGCUCCAUGCAAAACUUGAAAAGCUUGAAGUCCUAGAAAAAGAGUGCUUCAGACUUCUCACUACACAGAGAACUGCAGAAGACAAGAUCAAACAAUUGGAGGACAAGCUUCGUGAAGAAGAGCAUCAGCGUAAGUUAAUACAAGACAAAGCUGCUCAGCUUCAAAUUGGACUUGAGAUCAAUAGAAUUUUAACGUCUUCAGUGUCAUCUCAAAAUGAACCAAAAAAGAAAAGCCGGAAAAAGAAAACUGCAAAAAAAAAAUCUGCUCUGAAGAAAGUACAUCCUCCACAAUUUUGCCUAAAGGCUGGGAUGCUGCCUUUUGUGGCUGGGAAGUCUGCCAGCUCCAGCCAUUCUGUUAGUGCAAACGUACAAAGUGUCUUACAUAUGAUGAAACAUCGUAGUCCAUGUAUCUUGUCACGGUGUCCAGAAGCAGCUGAACACAGGAUUUCUAGACGAACAAUUGCUUGCAAAUCUAUAUCCUCUCGUUCCACAUCUUCUUCUGUCACUGAAAAUCUAUCUGACCUUUUGCUGGCGAUACAAGAUGAGCUAGGCCAAAUGAGCUUUGAGCAUCAAGAACUCUUGAAGCAGAUACAAGAAACUCAAAACUGUGAAGUUCGUGAAGACCUAGAACGUGAAUUGGAUUGUCUUGUAAAGCAAAUGGAAAUUAAAGGGGAACAGAUAUCUAAGUUGAAAAAACACCAAGCUAGUGUCCACAAAUUAAAGCAAAAAACUCAGAAAUUGAAGAGACAGUCAGCUCAUGUCCUACCAAAAUCUGAUGACCUAAAAGGAACAAGAGAGAUUCCAGUUACUCCAAGCGGAAGUGCAUCAAAAAACUGCCCUGUGCAGAAAAGCAAAAGCUCUCUUCAGCUGUUAAAAAAUGUGCAGAAACUUCAAUCAACACUGAAAAAAGAUGAUAUCAUGUGGGAACAAUAGUUUUACAUUUUAUCAUAUAGGUAGUGCCUCUUACUGAUAUGCCAAAAAAAAAAAAUUUGUCUGACACUUCGUAGGUUUGGAUUUAACAAAUAUUAGACUGAAUUAAAAGUUUAAUAUUUUAUUUUAUGCUAUGUCUAAAUAUUUGCUAGCCUAAUAGUAAAUUUCAGUUGAAACUUAAGUUUGGGUUGAACAAACUCACUUUCCCUGUA